UCUCCACCAAUCGGAAGCGCCGCUGGCGCCACGUGACUGCGCGUUGCCACGGCGACGGCUGUAAACCGGAAGCGGCCGCGCCAACGAUCAAGUUCACCGGAGGAGCAGAGACGAGGCAGGCGGCCAUGGGCGACGCGCGGAAAUCCGCGGAGGCCCAGGGCGGGGUGCAUGCUGGAAAGGAGUUGGGGUCUUCUCUGCCUCGUCACCGGCCACCCGCAGUCUUUCCCUUCCGUCGUGAGCGCACGGAGCAACGCAGGCUCAGUGAUGAUCAAACAUGGCCACCGAUCUGCGACCUAUGCGGGCGACGUCUCCCCACGGGCAGCCUGGAGGGGGAGGUGGAGGUGGAGGGGGAGGUGGAGGGGGAAGUGGAGGUGGAGGGGGAGGUGGAGGGGGAGGUGGAGGGGGAGGUGGAGGUGGAGGGGGAGGACGUCAGGACAAGCGGGGGUGGCUACUGCGCCGGGUGCUGUGUCCUGCCGGGGGAGUUGCUGUCUCUGCUGCGGCGUCUGGAGCAGCUGCUGUGGGGGGCGGCCCCCCGGGGGGUCUCCACGCUGCCCCACGGACCCCACGGCGGGGAGGAGCGGCGCGUGGAGGCGCGAGACCGAGCGGCAUUGCGUUUGAGGGCUCGGGCCUUGCGCAGGAAGAGAGCGGCCACGGCGCAGAGCGACGGUCAACGCCUCUCGUUUGCCAGCCUCUCCAACACCAUCUCGUACCAACUCUCGGCCCAGCGGUUCGUGGCGAUGGGGUGGACGCUGCCGGCCAACGCGGACGGGGAGACGGACGCGCAGACGACGGUGAUGUGUGUGUGCUCUGUGUGUGCAGCGCUCUUUAACCUGAUCCCCGUGGGUCUGCGCGUCGUCGCCAUCCAGGGAGUGAAGUCCGGCCUCUACAUCGCCAUGAACGUCAGCGGCUUCCUCUACACCUCGGAGCGCUUCACCCCGGAGUGCCGCUUCAAGGAGUCGGUGUACCAGAACUACUACGUCAUCUACGCCUCCACACUCUACAAGCAGCACGAGUCGGGCCGCUCCUGGUUCCUGGGCCUGGGCAAGGAUGGCGGCCCCAUGAAGGGCAACCACGUGAAGAAGACCAAGCCCUGCGCGCACUUCCUGCCCAAGCCCAUCGAAGGCUGGACAAGGAAACCAAUGGGUCUCCCCAUUACAGACGGUGAAUGA